GUUAAGGGCCUACUUGCCGGGGUGAUAAUCUUACCGCAGCAGCAGAGGAGCAGUUUCUCAUGACACCGGGAUACCCAAAUCCCUUCCCAAGUUACCAGGAAUGUCGAUGGAAAAUAGAAACCUCAACAUCGGGAAGGGUGCAAUCCGUGUAGAUGUCUUAGAAAUUGACCUGGAUACACAAAGAUGUUCGACAGAUGGCGUCAGGGUAUAUGACGAGACAACGUUGAGGAAGCAGCUUGUUGGAACGGCAUGCGAGGCACCUGCAUCAUUCUAUGUGUAUGGGCCUGAAGCACUGGUUGAGUUCAAAUCGCUGCAAGAAAAUACCACAAAAUCAGGCUUUAAGCUGAAAUAUUACUACACCACAGCGGCUGAACCCUGCGGGGGAAACCUUGUUGCCAACUCUACCAGGCAGAAUGUCACAUCGCCAGGGUACCCUGCCAACUACCCCAACUCCUUCAGAUGUGUCUGGACCAUUACAUCCGAGAAUCCUCAAGGACACGUCGUAGUCUCCUUUUUAGAAGGAGAGCUUUACGCAUUAUUCAAGAAAGAUACUGUGACGGUAUAUGAUGGUAACUCCACUUCCGGUUAUUUAAUGGGUCGAGUGGUCGGUGGUGCCAAGCCCACCUUCUCCAGUCAAGAGUCGUCGCUGACCCUGGUGUUCACAACUGACGACCUAGGACAGUACACGUUGAGUAACAACGCUGGCUUUGUGUAUGGAUAUGAAGAAACGCUGGAUACACCACCUGUGCAUCGGUUGGUUGAAACUCGGAGUGGCACAUCCACCAUAUUAUCACCAAGGUUCCCAGAUGGAGAAGUGAAAGACAUGAACGCCACCUGGACAGUGCGUUCCGACUUCUCCAACUACCAAGUGCUGAUGUCAUUCGUUGAAGUUGAUGUCGGAGACGCAAGUGGCUGUAACAACAAUUACAUUAUGGUCUAUCCAGGUAAUACAUCAUCUGAUGAGUUCUCGAAGAUAUGUGGCAACGAAACGGGUAAAUACGUCAGUCGGGAUAGAGAACUCUCUGUGGUCUUCAAGACAGACAGCAACCUGGCUAGACGAGGGUUUAAAGCUGAAUAUAUUCGACCACGAUAUGGAAGCUUUGAUGGUUGCCAGGGUGAUGUGGACGUGAAAACUGCCGUUUCCAUCGACUCCACUGACGUAGUAUCGCCUUUGUAUCCAGACAUCUACCCCAACAUGAUGAACUGUUCCACCCUAGUGACGGCUAUCCUGAACGGCUCCUUCCUCCGUCUGGAGGUCAUUGACAUGGACACGCCCCACCCCGAGGACACAGACUGCACCAGAGACUACGUGGAGCUCUUUGAUGGCCCAAGUCCUAAUGACCCAAGUCUGGGCCGAUCCUGUGGCAAAUCGUUGUUGAAGGUCAAGUCGACUGGCGGUCAAGUGUUGGUAAUGUUUAUCUCUGACGCAAAUAUCGGCGGCAAAGGAUAUCGGAUCAAAUAUAAGUCUGACCGGGAAGUAACUCCAUAUUCAAUGCCAGUUGGCCUCAUCGUUGGCAUUACCUUCGGCGUCCUUGGCUUUGUCGUGAUCGGCAUUGUUUGCCUCGUUUGCAAGUAUGGACGAGAAUCACCAGCUUACGUACUGUGAGUGCAGGACCGACACAAGGACAGUUUUGUUGGAUAAUCAUAAUCACAGACAAUCGAUUCUCUAUACAUAUGGGGGCGGUGUUGCAGCCUACUGGGUUAAAGCGUUCGCUCGUCACGCCAAAGAUCCGGGUUCGAUUCCCGCAUGGAUGCAAUGUGUGAAGCCCAUUUCUCGUGUCCCCCGCUUGAUAUUGCUGGAAUAUUGCGAAAGGCAGCAUUAGGCUGAACCCAUUCAUUCACUCACUCACUUUAUAUGUUUCCCUUUCAAGAUGAAGUGUUACCGGUGAUAUUGACUUGUGUUAUUUUAACAAAACCUUUCAUAGGUCGAAUAUAUGCAUAAAAACACUUGCCUUACAUUUAUUAAAUGAAUUUACAAUGCAAUUUCCACGUACUGCAAUAUAUGUUGAUGUACUAGUAGAACAUGUCUGUAUUGCUGUUUACAAUAUCUUCUCGAAGUGAAAACAAUGGACAGUAUAUUGUAAGUACUGCUAAAUCCAAUACAAGCCAUAUUUUAAGCGAUACUAUAUGUUUGGUCAGUUGAAGUAUCAAGUAAGUAUAUCUCUAGUGAUGACGUUCUGUAUGAUGAUAUUAAGUCGUAUAAUGUCAUCAAUUACAUUACGUCUUCGAACCAUUGCUUUCACCUUAAGGAUUCCUUUCAGUCAAGUUGUGGUCAUUUAAACUAGCAUGUUAUCAUAUUUUCCAAUUUCCUCACAGAAUUUGGUCAGCUUUGGGUUAGAGAUCAGUAAGGUAAUGUUAACGUCGGAAUAUUGUUGUAUUUUAACGUGUUUAGAAUGACUUAUUGUAUUAUAUGACUAACAGGCCUUUAUUAUGUUUCUAACAAGCUUAGGUUUUGUAUUUAGAUGUUUUGAUGUAAUGACCAAGUGUCCACAUUCCAUCAUUACAUACACAUCAUAUUUACUGUAGUAUAUACUCACGUGGGGAAGGAUGUAACACAUAUCCCCUAAUGUUUCAAUGAGACUACGUUUCUCAUGACGUGUCCCUUCCAGCGCCCAGCUUCCGUAGUUGGUGUCAAGACCAUUUCUCAUGCUGUUUUCUCAGGUGCAGAGUCAAAUAUCUUGCUUAACUAUCGUUGUGAUAUUCGAAAACUCGUCAAAGCUUUAGGUUUUCAGUACCUGUUUUGUAUUUUGCGUAUUAAGGUGUUUGUUUCAUCUCUAGAUGUAUACUGAAUAUCCACACAAUUGGGUGUCGCUAUUUAUAGUUUUGUAACUUUAUGUGUCAUUUCAAUUGAAAUUCUAGAAACCUUGCCAUAUUUUCUUAAAUCUAUAUUACAUAUCUAUCGUUAUUUUUCUCAGGGUGACUCGAGACCUGACCAGUACAUAUAUACAUGACACAUAUUCCAUUCUCUGAAGAAUGAUGAUUUUAAUGUCUUGUCUUACCUCUCUGGGAUGACAUGUAUCUCAGAGACUGUGAUGUUGUAAUAUUUCGUUUUACUGAGUGUGUUGAUAUUACAUACAUAUUUCACGAAUAAACGUUCCAAAAUGUAUGUUUUAAGUGUGCAUUGUUUCUGAUUAUAUGCAGAGUUCGGCGAAAGAUCUUGAUAUUAUUUCCAUGUUUCACAGGUAUGCAAACCACAGUGUAUAAACAACUAACGAGACUUUCCUAUCUAUCAUUGCUAUUUCUGAGCACAACAAUUGAGACAGUUUUGAAUGUUGAUUUUGUUGAGGUGAAUCAGGUGAUAGAGGCGAGUAAAUCCAAUUCGCCUUUGUGUAUGUUUUUGGAGCAAUGUGGUACAAGAUACCGAUCAGGACGGCUGAUGUACCUGUGUACGCAUGUCUAUCUCCACAGUCUGGGGUCGCUGGACCUGCCAUGCCAUGUGCAUGUGUGUACGAUAACGUCAGUGCAUGUGUGUACGAUAACGUCAGUAUUUUGGGCAAGCACAUUGUUCACUGAUAAAACAGUGAAAAUAUCAUUUUGAAAUUGUUCUCAAACAGUCCAUUCAAGUGGGAACUUGUACCGUAUCUGUUUAUUACUUUGAUCUCUUUGAGUUCGGACUCUCCUGUAGGCCAUACCCCGGCGUGCAGAUAUGGCCUUGUUGGCCAUAUCUAUAGUUCUGAAUUUUGAUACAAUGGGUGAUACAGCCUUCAUUGCAGAACAUGUGCACCCUACAUGCAAAUUAUGUACAGUUCUACCAUGAACCUGUCCUCAUAUGUCCCCAUGUUGGAGCAGAUCGAUCGUAUGUCAGUGUUGCCAUUUUCAGUUCCAUGACCUGUUAAUAUGUCUGGAAUAAAAGUUUGAAAAGCGGACUGUAUAAUUAUUUGAAUAAAGCAUUGUAUUUUU